AUGUCGGCCUCAGUAGGAGCGCCGCAGCAGCAUAAGCAGCCUUCACGAAAGGGCAAGAAGGCGUGGAGGAAAAAUGUCGAUGUGACGGAACUGCAAGAGGGGCUUGAACAGGUUCGAGAGGAAGUAAUCAAAGGAGGAGUGUUGGCCGAGAAACCAUCCGAAGAACUGUUCAUAAUCGAUCCUACAGGCGAUGAAGAAGUCCAGAAGAAAGUCCUGAAAAACUCCAAACCUCUACGAGCCGACGAAAUUCUCGCUCAGCGCUCAGCUAUAAGCGCGGUUGACAGCCGGAAACGGCCGUCCUCGAAAAUUACAGAUGGGAUCAUUGAGCCUAAAACUAAAAGAAAUCGAAGUGACUGGGUAACGAGGGAGGAAUGGCUACGUUUGAAGAAAGUGGCGCAAGAAGCAAAACUCGACGAAACGGCGAUACAACCUAGCGUAGCUCACGAUCCAUGGGCUGUCGAUAGCAAGCAUGAGAAGGAGUUCACCUUUUUGGAAAAGAAAAAGCCAGUCAAUGCUCCCAAGACCAUGUCUCAAGCCCCAAUUUCACUAGCAGCAAACGGCAAAGCGAUACCGUCUGUGAUGAAGCCCAAGGCCGGGAUAAGCUACAACCCCUCAUUCCAGGAAUGGGACGAUUUGUUGACGAAAGAGGGAGAGAAGGAGAUUGAAGCCGAGAAGAUAAGAUUAGAGGAACAGAAACGAGAGGCGGAGCGGAUUGCGCGUAUCGAGGCAGCAGAGGGCGACGAUGGCCAGGUCAAAUCUGACGACGAGAGUGCGUGGGAAGGAUUCGAGAGUGAAUACGAGAAUGAGUCGCUGAAGAAGAAACGGCCCGAGAGGAAAACUAAGGCCCAGAGGAAUAAGAUCCUUAGGAGGAAAGAAGCGGAGAGAAAGGCGAAAGCAGAGGCUAAGAUGAAGAUGCGGGAACAGCAGGCUGCCCAAGCUAAACUUAUCACGAAACAGAUUGAAGAGAAGGAGAAAUCGAAAUUGGCCGUGGCGAAGGACGAAGAGUCUGAGGAGGAUGAAGAGCCUGCUCUUCGCAAACGGCCAUUUGCCGGCAGAACUCCUGUACCGGCCAAACCGUUAGAGUUGGUUCUACCAGAUGAGCUUAAGGAUUCGCUCUUGCUCCUCAAGCCAGAGGGUAAUUUACUAGGCGACCGGUACAGGAGUCUGAUGGUGCAGGGUAAACUCGAGGCCCGGAAUCCAAUCUUACAGUCGAAGAAGGCGAAGAGGAAAGCUACAGAAAAAUGGACGUACAAGGACUUCAAAGUGCCAUCUGUUUGA